GGAAAAAAAAAAAAAAAAACAAAAAAGGAGAUACGUUUGCGCUCAAGAACACGUUUAACAGAAGCUUCGGGUCCUAAAUUACAAAACUAAAGUACUUUUGAUUCAUGUUGAGGUUAUCAUUCACAUUAUCAUUCUGUCGUUGAUUCUCUUUCUGGGUUCUUCAUUUCAUCUUCAGCUUCGUUGAAACAAAAGGUCUAGUAAAAGAAAAGCAAUGGUGAAGGAGACUGAAUAUUAUGAUAUAUUGGGUGUAAGUGUUGAUGCCUCCCCAGCUGAGAUCAAGAAGGCUUAUUACCUGAAGGCACGGAUAGUCCACCCAGAUAAAAAUCCUGGAGACCCAAAGGCUGCAGAAAAUUUUCAGGUACUUGGUGAGGCAUAUCAGAUUUUAAGUGAUCCUGAGAAGCGUGAAGCGUAUGACAAGCAUGGAAAGGAUGGAAUAACGCAUGAGUUCAUGGUGGAUCCUUCAGCUGUGUUUGGCAUGCUUUUUGGAAGUGAGUUUUUUGAUGAUUAUGUUGGGCAACUAGCGCUGGCUACGUUGGCAGGCAUUGAGCUUGAAAAUGAGUCGCAGGACCCAGAAGUUCGUCGGCAGAAAAUGCAGGAGAAAAUGAGGGCAUUGCAGAAAGAGAGGGAAGAAAAGCUCAUCACAAAUCUGAAAAAUCGUCUUGAACCAUUUGUUGAAGGCCGAACAGACGAGUUUGUACUAUGGGCAAGUUCAGAAGCUCGUCGCCUCUCUGCGGCUGCUUUUGGUGAAGCUAUGCUACACACGAUUGGCUAUAUUUACACAAGACAAGCUUCAAAGGAGCUUGGAAAGGACAAACGGUUUAUGAAGGUGCCAUUUUUGGCAGAAUGGGUACGAGAUAAAGGCCAUCAGAUAAAGUCGCAAGUAAUGGCAGCAUCAGGUGCUGUUUCUUUGAUUCAAAUACAAGAAGACCUGAAGAAGAUUAACCAAGCAGAAAACAAAGAAGAGAACCUAAUGAAAGCCAUUGAAGAUAAGAAGGAUGCUGUGCUUCAAUCCCUUUGGCAGAUCAAUGUGGUUGAUAUUGAAUCAACCCUAUCACGGAUCUGCCAAGCUGUAUUGAAAGACCCUAGUGUGUCCAAGGAUGUUCUGAAACUAAGGGCAAAAGGGCUGAAAAAACUUGGGACUGUCUUCCAGGGUGCCAAGGCUGCUUAUAGCAGAGAAAACAGCCUCCGUCAUGAAAAUGAAGUUGUUGAAAAGAAGAUAGAAGGUGGUUCAACAUCGUAGUCCAUCUUGGUAGUUACUUGAAACCUACUUCAUCCUGAUGUUAGUAGCGUAUUCCAUAUGGACAUUGGUUGGUUAUUUCUUUUUCGUUACAGCUUCAUAACCCAUCGAUUGAAUUUCGAAACACUUUUUCUCUAUUUAUCUGGAUUCUUUCUUUCUUGUAGUAUAGCAGCCCGUCUUGGUUUGUUUCAUCCUUGGCUCUAUGUAGAUUAUGCAUGUUCCUUACUGUUAUGUUUAUUGUUAUGCAAUUCAAAUUCAAACCAUGUAUCUUAAAUGUGUAAAUUGAAAAAUAUGGAGCAACUGUGUUGCCAAGGCCAA